GUGAAGUUUGAACUAUACCACUGCCACUGAAAUAUGUGCAUCAGCUUUCUCCUUCCAUACUAUGUUCUAUACCAUGUUAUACAUUAUGUUCUAUACUAUGUACUAUGCUGAUAUGUACUACACUGUGCACGAUACCACGGUCACUGAAAUGCGUGCAGCAGCUUUCUCCUUCCAUAACUAUGUACCAUACUACGUUCUAUACUAGUCCGAGGAGUCCGACAUGAGUGACCACGAGGAGGAGGAGCUGGAGUGUCUCGGCGAGAGCAGGUCAACCCGUCUCGGAGUACUCCGAGACGGGCUGACCACCUGCAAGAGGAGACGCAAGGCCGGCGGGAAAAAGGGCGGGAAAAAGCGCAAGGGCGGGAAGAAGGGCCGCAGACGCAGAAGGCGUGCGCCUCAGCCUGACGCGUGAGCAGCAACGAUGGGAUCCAACGGCCGAGAUUCCACUACCGUCGUCCCUGGAACACAACGCACCCCUCAUCAUGAAUGUAUACAAGCUAGCUUUCUAGUAAGAUGCAUUCAUGAUGGGGGAUGCGUUGUGUUCGAGGGAAGACUGUGAGCACGAAUUAAGAGAGAGUAAUACUGACCACAUUCGCUCUUCAUCUUGGGUAUAUCAACUACGGUCAAACAUUGGGCCUCGCUGCUCUCUACUCCACGUUUUACAUGCAUUGGGACUGUUUCUCGACCACGUGCAUUCGGACGAGGCCAACAUGUUGAAUGUAUCGGGACGAUAAUGAGGUCCAGAUACGUAUUUAUUGAACGUUGUGUAGUAGAUCGAGGCCCAUUAUCUCUUCUUUAUCCCUGCACAGAUUAAGAUAUAUAAUAAUAGUGAUCUUUAUCCCUGCACAGAUUAAGAUAUAUAACAAUAAUAAUAAUGAAGAUAACAAUAAUAGUAAUGACCGUAGAUCUUCAUUUGAUCUCCGCUGAGCUAUUUUUAUCUCUUAAUCCUUGCACUGAUUAAGGGCCUAUACUCCUGCUGGCACUUUCUUUAUUGUGACGCCCGAUGAAUCUGACCGCAAUUGCGUCCAGAGCUUACAAGGGACAGUCCUGCUGUGAGUAUGCCCUGAGAAGGUAAUAUAAAGUAGUGACCUUUUGAUCUUCUACCUUAUCCACGGUCAUUAUUAUCUCUUAAUUCGUGCUAGUGGAAUCUCGACCAACCACGUGGCACAUGCUGCCUUGUGGUCUUUGCUGUCACACAGUCACAGCAACGUGCCCUUCAUCCGGUUGCACACACCCACACACACACACACACACACACACACACACACACACACACACACACACACACACACACACACACGUACAUCAGAUGAUUGACUGAUGAUCACAAGCCAUUACGGUAUAAUUACCAUAUAAACCUUCGUCCUCCGCAGUAAUUAAUUCUGUCGUGGAUAAGGUGGGGGAUGGGGAGGGGGUAGACAGGUCGGCCAUCGCGUACAAGUGGAAAGGUCCAUACACUGCCAAGCGACGGGGACUGCAUUCGCGUGUCAAUCUAUAAACUCAAGAGAGAGUCCUGAAGAAGAGAGAGAGAGAAAAACAAAAUAGAAGGCAAGGCUCAGCGGAGUCCUGAUGGAGGAGAGAGGAGAGGAGAGAAAAGAGGAGAGAGGAGAGGCGAGAGGAGAGGAGAGAAGAGAGGAGAGAGGGGAGUCAAGAAGAGAGCAGAGAGUAGAGGAGGAGGAGGAGGAGGAGGCAACCAUGUCAUGUCAGAAGCGCAAUAGUUACACUCUUCAUCUUUAUUCACUCGCUGGGAGCGUUGAUGACGUCAUCGGGGAGAGAUAUGGAUAUGGAUAUGGAUAUGGAUAGCGUCGAAUCCGUCGAUCUUCAGAAUACAUCACAUGAUCUCGUCCGUCGUUCUCUACGGCACAUUCAACUUGAAUCCUUCUGCCGAAGCUGACGUGGCGCCACAUCAGCGGAGUGUUAUCGUUUAAAGAUAAGACGAGAAAAUCCAUAGCGUCGUGCAUUUCCACAAAGCCCACUUCCUCUGGGUGUAACGAUGAGCCAGGUCACACGAUCGAAUCCCGAUGUGUUCGAUGGAACUUCCUCCCUCAGAACCAUCUUCUUAGAACCUUAUCUUAUCUUAUCCGCUUUUUGUCCGAUUCAAGAUCAAAGAAAAUCAGACACGCUAGGUCGGUCAUUCAUUCAUUGCCCGCAAAAUGACGGAAACAACAACAAAGAGAGAGAGAGAGAGAGAGAGAGAGAGAGAGAGAGAGAGAGAGAGAGAGAGAGAGAGAGAGAAUCUUCUUAGAAUCGUAUCUUAUCCGCUUUUUAUCCGAUUCAAGAGAGAAGAAAAUCAGACAGGCUAGGUCAUUCAUUCAUUGCCCGCACCAUGACCCAA